AAUUGAAGUGGAGUGAUAUCUACCCCAGUCAAUUUUAAUUUUACGAAUUUUUAUUUCGAUUUAACGAAAAAAAAAAAUAAUUUAUUUCAAAAUGUUCACUAAAACCAUUGUUGCAUUGGCUCUCUUCGCCGUCGCCUCAGCAGGUGUCUUGCCUUUGGCUCCAACUUACGUUGCUGCCCCAUACCACGGAGACUACCAUGGAGACUAUUACAGUCACCCCAAAUACGCCUUCAACUAUGGCGUUCACGAUUCGCACACCGGUGAUGUAAAAUCACAACACGAAGUCCGUGAUGGUGAUGUUGUCAAGGGACAAUACAGCUUGGUUGAGCCUGACGGUUCAGUCCGCACCGUUGACUACACCGCCGACGAUCACAAUGGCUUCCAAGCUGUUGUCUCGAAAUCCGCCCCCACUGUCCAUGCUGUUGCUCCCGUCGUGAAACACGUUGCUGCUCCCGUCGUUUAUGCCGCCCCAGCUCCCGUCGUUCACAAAACUGUCGUUGCUCCAGCUGUCUACAGCGCCGAAUACCACGGCAACUAUGCCAAGGCUCCUCUUGCCUAUGCUGCCCCCUAUGCCGCCUAUGCUCCAUUGGAACAUCACGCUUAUGCCUACAAAUACUAAAAAAAACGCGAAAAUUUAAGUGAAAAGCUGACUUCGAUCAUCGUUUGACGACUUCUCAGUAUUAAUUCUCUCAUUUUUACUCAAAUGUCUUUCAUCUGUAACCCCUUCAACCCCUCGAGCAUCAUGAAUUGUAAAUAUUUGUGCCACACUGCCAUCUCCCGCUUCUAUUUAUUCUAUUUAUUGUAUGUGUAUUUAUCUCUAAAAGUCUUCGAUGGAAGAAAUUGUCAGCAGAUAUUUUUUAUAGUAAAAAGCGUGUAAA